AUGGGGCUAUCUGGACAUCAUCCACUGGAAUCUCUUCGUAAGACAGACUAUCUUCAACCCACGGAUUUCUGUGGGGACAACCAGAGAUGGGUCUCCCAUGAACUUGUCUCAAAAUGGGCAAAUGUUGUUUCUCUUAAAGAAGUAAAGAAGGAGAAUGUGACAAACUUCAUCCGAGUCAAUAUUAUCUAUCAUUUCGGCUUUCCUCGGUAUAUAUUGACAGACAACGGUAAGUCAUUUGAUAACAAGUUGAUGACUAAGAUUUGUGACCUUUUUGGCUUCAAGCAACGUAAUUCCUCUAUGUAUUAUAUUGCUGCCAAUGGCCUCGCUGAAGCAUUUAAUAAGACACUCUGCAACUUGUUGAAGAAAGUUGUCUCCAAGUCUGAGAGAGAUCGGCAUGAAAGAAUGGAAGAAGCUCUUUGGGCAUAUAGGACGACCCAUCACACACCGACGCAAGCGACUCCUUAUUCUCUUUUUUAUGGAGUUGAACCGGUCCUUCCACUUGAGCGUCAAAUCCCAUCAUUGUGGCUUGCUAUUCAAGAAAGACUCACUGAUGAAGAGAAUGCUAGGUUAUGCCUUGAAGAAUUGGAGGCUCUUGAUGAAAAGAGGCUAGAAGCUCAACAAAGUCUGGAAUGCUAUCAAGCCCGUCUAUCUCGAUCUUUCAAUAAGAGGGUUCGUGUUAGAUGCUUCCAAGUGGAAGACCAAGUUCUUGUUGUAAGAAGGCCAAUUAUUACUUCUCGUCGAUCUGGAAGCAAGUUUUCUGCUAAAUAG